GCUAGCUUUACAUGUUAACCACCAUAUAAACUGUAGUUUAUCGUAUAUUGCUAGAAGUUAAAACUGAUACAUUCAGAGAUAAAAUGACGGACACUAGUUCAGACGUAAUACACGAGUAUUGCUGCAAUGCCUGCGAGGAAGACAAUGCCAACAGGGAGGCGAUGUUCUACUGCCAGCAAUGUUCAAAAGGAUACUGUGAUAAAUGCAUCGAACAGCACAAUGGUCUAUUUAAGAAACACAAAUCAUUCGGAAGAAAGGAACUGGAUAAGUGGCCUGCUGCCAAGACCGCACUGGAUCUCCUGCAGAACUGUCAACAACACCCCGAUCACCGCAUUGAGCUUUUCUGUGAAGAUCACAUGAAACUAUGUUGUGUUUUGUGUCACCUUUACGAUCAUAAACAGUGCAACAAGAUCACGCAGACAGCGGAAAAGGCAAAGACGAUGAAUCAGUCAGAUUUUCAGCGAUUAGCCACAACCCUUGUCUCGGAACAGCAGAUAUUGGGUAAAGAAAUCGACAUGGCUAACGAAUGCCUGCAGGCACUUCAUGAGGCACGUGAUAGAGCGCACAAAGAAAUACAACUAUUUCGCAAAACUAUUAACGACUUGUUGGACCACCUUGAGGGGACUACUGUACAGACUCUUGACACUUUGCUUAAUACAUCAGGAAACGUUAUAAAAUCCGGCAUAUGGAAAUGUUCAAAGCUUAAGGAAGACUUCAAAAGUAUGCAGGAAGCAAUUAAAGAUGUCGAUUGCGGAAAGCCAAAUGAACAGAUAUUUAUUGCACAUUCUAAAAUUACCGAAAUGGUUUCAAACAGGCACACAUUAUUAAAGAAAAUAUCUGCCAACCGAAAUGUUGACAUGACUUUUCAAGGUAAUCCUGAUGUUGGACAAUAUCUAUCAGGCCUCAGUGUCCUUGGAAAUAUUGAAGGUUCAAAUCGAGCUUCAGGAAAAUGUUUAUCAGGCGAGAUAGUUCAGUGUAAAGAGGUAAUGAUUCGCAGUGUCAAACUAGUAUCCGAUACGAAAACUUGUGAUAUACGUAGCAUAAUUGAACUACCUAGCGGAGAGGUCCUUAUGACGGAUUGGAACAACAAAAGAAUGAAGCUGAUUGAUAUGCAAUACAAAGUUGUCGCUCACACAGACCUACCCAACUCUCCAUGUGACAUAUGCAGCAUCAGUUCUACUGAGUUCGCUGUUACAUAUUAUACAGCAAGCAUGAUCCAGUUCCUCACUGUCAACAACAGUCAGAUAGUGGUUGGCAGGACACUUAAAUUCGAACAUGACUGUAUUGGAAUCGCAUAUUAUAAAGGGACUGUGUUUGUUACAUCAAGUACUGCCUUGUAUGAAUACAGACUGGACGGUCAGCUUGUAAAGAAGAUCUACGAAAAUAAUUCAGUAGCAGACGCAGUGUACAAGUGUGCAGUGAGUGGAUCACUGCUUUAUUUGACCAACUCCAAUCACCACAAGAUCCUUAAAAUGUCUAUGAAUGGGACUGUCCUAUCAUCCUUCGAAGAUCCUGCACUUCGUGGUCCUUUAGCUGUUCACAUGUCAGAGUCAGGUCUGCUGCUGGUCUGUGGGUACGAUUCACACAACUCGGUACUAGUGUACGGUGAGCGAGGAUUGUUAACUCUGGCUUCCGAGAAGGACGGUUUGUUUCAUCCAGAGUCUGUAUUCUACAGUGAACGUACUGGCAGGCUGAUUGUUGGGAACAAAAGUGACAACAUCCUGGUGAUACGCACAACGGUAUCGGAACAUUACAAGACUUUUGUCCGGGAGCGCGGCGCUGAUGGCCUUGGCUUCUCAAUCUUGGGAGGUCAUGGCAGUCCGGAAGGUGACCUUCCGAUUUAUGUGGCAAGAAUUAACAGGGGGACAGAGGCAGAGAACGGCCAAUUGAAACGCGGCGAUCAGAUUUUGUCAGUGAACGGGGCCAGUUUGGAGGGGCUGACGCAUGCUGAGGCAGUUAAUAUUCUGAAAGAUGCAAAAGGUUCUGUGAUAAUGAAUGUGUUGUCCUAUCAGCUGCAACUGGUGUGACCCUAUAUCACCAUAGCAACCAAUGGUGAAUGAUAUUUUAUGAAACAACCUAAAACAUUCUGUUGAUGUACAUCAUUCGGUACUUUUCUGCAGUUUCGCAUUUAUUGUCUCCAAGUUUUCUGGUAUAAUUGAAUUCAUGUAAUCGUUUUAUUUGAUAUUCACACUAUGAGAUUUUAAAUUCAUAUGAAAUUCUAUAAAAUUGCUGCUUGUUCUUGAAUGUGCCAUAAUUGAAAUUGUGGUCAAAUAAAACUUUUCCAAUUUUAAAUCAGUUUUAUAAACAUUUCUGGUUGUAGAGGUUUUAAACAUAUAGACUGGUUGUAACAAGAACUUGUAUAUAUUACACGCAUUUAAAUAUCAAAAUAAUUCUUUUAUCCAAUAAAAUGGUCUAGAAUUGAUCAAAUUAGAAAAUAACUGUGUACUUACUUAGUUUCAGGUAAAGGAAAUGUUUAGAUUGCAAUAAGCAAGUGCAUAAAUACUAUAUACAGACCAAUUUAUAUGGUUUUGUGUUUGUAGAUAGAUAGAAAUAGAAAACAUGACUUUGUAUGGAGUUAUAACAAUAUUUUUUUGUCUUUAUUCUACUGUCUAUUCCAUAGUUUAUUACUAGUUGUGGUUUUAAUGGUACACUGAUUUGUUUUUGUUUGUUUAAUAUUUUUAUAUUUAAAUGGUUGUGAAUUUAGGCAUGUGUAUCUUUUAGGGAUGGCAUCGAAUACCAAUAUCGGUAUUCGAAUGUUCGCAAAUUCAUUCAAUCGAAUAUUCGAAUAUUCGCAUAAAACGGCUGGAUUGAUUUUACCUUGGUAUGUGUUAAUUUCCAUUGGUUUGCAAGUUAUAUCCGUUUGCUAAAUACGAGGCUGUUAAUUAACGUUGCUAUCGCUGUCGACUAAUACUAUGACCGAUACUGUGAUCGGGCACAACUAGAAUGUAACAAAUCGUGUCAUAGAAUUUUAUUUUUUAAUGAUUCCACAGAUUUGUAGCAGACCGCGCAUAUGUAAAACUAAGUUUACACACAUAACUUGUUGCGGUCUUCUUAUCCACAGACCGUGUAAAGUAUUCCAUACUGCAGAAGGGGCUGGUGGCAUUUUAACAUUUGAAUUAUGAUUCUUUGAUGAUUGUUUAAUUUAUAUCAUCUGUUACUUUUGAGUAAUUCAUAUAUUUAAAUGUCUGUUCAAACUGUGAUCACAAAAACUAAAUUAUUAUUCGCAAGUAAAUUGAAGCCCUUAAUUGGUACCUAAUUGACUAACAACAGUUCGGGCCCUUUCUUAUAGUAAGUAUAUUGCAUUGCUCGAUUUGAGUAAAUCACACAUUUUAAUGCCUGUACAUACUGUGAUCACAAAACUUUAUAAUUAUUCGCCAGUCAAUUGAAACCAUUAAUUGGCACCCCAUUGGCAAACAACAGUCGGGGCCUUUCUUAGAACGUGUAUAUUGCAUUGCGCAAUCAACACUGAUACGGGCCGCGUUAUCAGUUUGACACGAAGAACGUCACGUCAAACAUGUUACUCCCAAGUGAUUUCGGUUGCUUUUUAGUAAGCGGUUCGCAGGUCUUUAAAUAUUGGUGAAAUUAUGUUUGAAAAAAAAAUGCGAAUAUGCGAAUAUCAUUUUUAUUAUUCGAAUGCUGACCAUUCAAUCGAAUAUUCGAUUAUUCGAAUAAUUUUGCCAUCCCUAGUAUCUUUGCAUUGAUUUCAUGGUGGCUGAGAUAAAUACUGAGCCUACCCGUAAAACAAUUUCAAUAACAAUCAACAUGUCAUAGAACAGUAGACAUGUAAAAAGUAGUAUUUUCAGAAAAAAUAACAUUUUCUCUUAAAUUUUGUUUUUCACCAUUCCAUAAGUCCAUAAGUGAAGUAUGAUUUGUAAAUGAUCCUUGUAAAAGAUUUAAAAUGAUCAUUGACUAACAUAAUAUUGAAAUAUUUAUUUAUGUAAAAAUAUGGAGAACAAAACAGAAUUGUAAAGCUAUAUAAUUUCAAACUUAUAUAAAUGAAUCACAGGACUCCUGCUCAUUUUAAUUCAGAUUUUAAUUUUAAUUUCAAACUUUCCACAAAUAAUUGACAAACACUGCUCUUUACUGCAAUUCUUAAAGCAUUUUAAUAUCUGACAUAACUUAUUUAAUAAUCCUCAAAACUGUGUUUUUUUUUCAUUUAUUAUUUCCUGUUAAUGUUUAUCCAAUUUAAUGUCUUUACAUUCCAUCCUCUGUUAAAAUAUCAACCGUUUCCUUUCAAUAAUUGUUAAACACUGAGGUACAUACUGGUUCAUGUUUUAAAAAUGUUUUAUGCAACUGUAGUUUCAUAUUAGGAAAUAAUUGUCAGUCUGUGUUUAGUAUUAAUAUUGUAGUGUAAAACUAUGUUGCCACUGCUUUCUAUAAUUAUUUAAAUAUUGUUAUCGUUAUAGCACUUUUAUAUUUAGUUGAAUUGUUCAUUUAAUUCUCAUAUCUAUAUUAUAACCUUUACAAACAAGAUUCAGUAAUAAAUGAAAACACUGAAA